AUGUUUUACCAAGGGUCUCUCCAAGAGGGAAUUUCCACGGCUGUUGGCCAGCAAAAAUCCGUCUUUUGCUUUGUUACGAAUGACAAUGACGAGAGCCAGACUUGGGAGCACGAGUUCUUGCAGGAUCCUUCAUUGGUAGACGUAAUUGCCAAGCAGGCCGUGGCCUUGAGGUUGACACACGGUUCAGAAGAAUUCGGCUACCUGGCGCAAAUCUUCCCUCUUCCUCAGACACCCACCAUCGUCAUCAUGAAGAAUGGCGAACUCAAGGAGUACAUUGCUGCCGGAACUUCGAAAGAGGAUUUCCUCCGCCGAAUCCAAAACUCGUUCAAUAUUUCACCACCACACACGGCGCAACCAGCUUCCGAAUCGCUUUCGUCCUCGUCCCCCACUUUGUCUAGCUCGAGUGGAAUCCCACCAACAGUGGAGCGAUCAGAUAACGUACGCCGCGUCCUAGAAGAGCGAGCUGCGAGGCUAAAAGCCGCCAAAGAGGCCGCUGAACAAAAGGCCAAGGAAGAGUUGGCCAAGAGGAGCGCCAAGGCAGCCGCGGAAGCCAGCGAAAGUGCGCAGAAACAAGCGGCCUUGGUCAGGAAGAAAAAACAGCAAGAAUCAGAGGAACGGAAGCGAAUCCUGAAGCGUAUCCAGGAUGAUAAAGAGGAACGACGCCAGCAGGCGGCCGAACGAGAGCAGCAAAGGAAGGAGAUCCACUCAAAAAGUGACUCUUCCUUGCCAGUGGGCACCGCGUCUCCGUCGACAAUGUCGUCGGCAGCCAAGAACAGCAGUCUUACCUCCAUCCAAGUCCGACUGUUUGAUGGCUCGACUAUUCGAUCCCGUUUCAAGACUUCGGACCCUGUGAAGGAGGUUCGGAAGUGGGUCGACGAGAACAGAACCGACGGUGAACUGCCCUAUACAUUCACGCAACUGCUUACGCCGCUGCCCAAUAAAUCGAUUGACGAAACAGAGGAGGGAAAGUCUUUGGGAGAGAUUGGCUUAUCUCCUUCGUCAACACUUAUUUUGAUCCAUGUCCGAAGCUAUACCUCUGCAUAUAACAACUCAUCACAAGGACUCCUCUCUUGGAUUAUUGGCUCAAUAUUAGGUUUUUUCACCUGGGUCCUCGGCUUGAUCGGUCUUGGUAGAGGCGGCGGCAACAACAGCCAGGAGACAGUCGGCGAACAGUCAGAUUCAGCCUCUACACAAGCCAAGAGCCGUCGUGUUCAGGGGUUUGAGAAUCCCAAUGAUAAGCGACGGGACCACCAGUUGUAUAAUGGGAAUUCGUUAAACUUUGAACCCAGACCUGACGAGGAUGAGAAAUAG